AUGAUUUGCUACGUCAGUUACGCGGCAAAUGAUGAAGAAGACGCUUCUGCUCGUCUACAUUCACGGAUUCCAGGGCGGGGACAACACCUUUGGUGACCUCCCAGCCAAUUUACAGGCACUGGUCAGCUAUGCGCUUCCCGCCGUAAGAGUGGUUACGGAGAUAUACCCGAAGUAUGAGACCCGGGGAGACCUGAGAGAAUGCGUGAGCCGAUUCCGGGAAUGGUUGCAAAACAAAGUCAUUGAUUUGGAAGUCGAAAACCAAACACCAUCCCCUACUGUCGAUCCCGCUGUCCAUGUCUUUCUGCUCGGGCAUUCAAUGGGGGGCAUAGUGGGUUCAGAAACAAUUAUUUUGCUGGCAACUGAACAGCCAAUUCAGCCAUCGUCUUCAGCCACAUCGUCAGAUCGACCUUCCGGAACCACGGAAGGCCGGCGGCUUGUGGAACCGGGCUCCUUUAUGUUCCCCCAUAUACAAGGCCUGCUUGCAUUCGACACACCCUUCCUCGGAAUUGCACCAGGAGCCGUGUCAUAUAGUGCAGAAGGACAAUACAAGACAGUCGUAAACACGUUGUCAGAUGUAGCCGGUGUGUUCGGGUUUAGACGGGGUAGCAAUACCGACUCGCAUAACACGGCACAAGCUACCCAGAGUAACAAAAGGGAGACUGUUUCCUUGACUGACUUUGCUGCCCCCUCUACGGAUGUCGCUGCUACGCCUUCCUGGCAGCGUUGGGGUCGGUAUGCCAUGUUCGCUGGGGCUAUAGGCGCUGCAGCAGCAGGUGGCGCCGCAGCAAUAUAUCAACAACGCCAGAACAUCACAGGAGGAUGGAACUGGAUAUCUUCUCAUCUUGAAUUUGUUGGGUGCCUUGGACGGCCAAAGGAACAGCUUCAACGCCUGGAGCUCUUGACAAAGAUACGCCGAGAACGAGGAAUAAGCUGCACAAAUUUUUACACAUGCUUGGGUGAAGGUGCCCAAGCAUUGAUGGAAAAGACGAGGACUGGGGAAACGUCAUUCAGCGAAGGAAUCAUACGGUCGAAGAACCGGACGUUCUGUUCACUUCCGCAAGAUAUCGAUGACACCGCUGAUGGCCGGGUGAAACCGUCCUCCAAACAUAGAGGGCUUUCAUGGGUCAAAGCUGUGAAUAACAAGGCACCGGAUGAAAUAAAAGCACACAUCACAAUGUUCCAGCUGAAACAAAAUCCGGGUUUCCAUGCCAUUAUUCAUGGAGCUUGCGAUGUGAUAGCAAAUUCCGUUGAUAGAAGCUGGUAUCUAGCAGCCACGGAACCUAUGGAGGGACUUCAUAAUGAAGGGGCGCACUUCCAACGGGAUGUAGACAGCGAGUUCAUGGACGAUGUCGUGGUUGUCAAUUGAGCACAGGUUACACCAACCACCUUCCUGAUUACUUACUGUCUUUUCUUCCAGCCCACGAAUUUAAUCUGGGGUUGGACUUUUGAGGGCUCAGAUAUGUCGUCCAGGUUCCCAACCGCAUGAUGUAAGGGCUAUGAAACUAGCAACUUUCUUUGCAACCACGAUUAUUUCCAUCUGCUCCAAGCUCGGGCAGCAAUGUGAAACGAUUGCCUGUCAGCUUAUACUCCGCCUUUAACCUUAAUUUUUAUUCCAAUAGCAUUUAUCCGAGAAUGGCCUUGAAUAUGCAAUUAUGCAUUGCGUAAGACGCGUAAGGCCCAAAUAUAAAAAUGCAG